AUGGCGCCCCAUCGGGGCAGCUAUGUCGCCCUCGGCGGCUCGCGACGACGCAUCUGGGGGCGCCUCGCGGACGCGGCCGCCGGCGCCGCGUUCACGGCGCUCGUGCUCUGGCUCUCCGGCAAUCGCAGGAGCAGCGCCGCCCUCCUCGAGGCGACGAGCGCGGCAUCGUCGAGCCUCGUCGACUGCAGCAGCGCGGCGGCGGCGUGCGGGAGCCUGCUGUGGCCGCUGCCCGCGUCGUACGCCGCGGGCUCGACGGACCUCUGCGUGCCGACGUCGCUCGCCUUCGAGCUCGACGGCGAGGCGCGGACGUCCGCCGUCGUCCGCGGCGCCGUCGAGCGCUACGCGGCCUACAUCUUCGCCCACGGCGACCUGGACGCGACGUGCGACGGCGCGACGCUCCGCGGCGUGCGCGUCGUCGUGAGCAUCGGCGCGGACGGCUACCCGGCCCUCGACGACGACGUGAGCUACGCGCUGACCGUCGACGUGGCCGGCGGCGCGACGCUGACGGCCGCGACGGUCUGGGGCGUUUUGCACGGCCUCGAGACGUUCUCGCAGCUGAUCUCGUUCCGGCGGAGCGACAAGAGCUACGUGCUCGAGAACGCGCCCGUGCAGAUCGAGGACGCGCCGCGCUUCGCGUACCGGGGCGUCAUGGUCGACUGCGCGCGCCACUUCAUCCCGCUGACGUACCUCGAGGCCGUCGUCGACGGCAUGGCGUUCUCGAAGCUCAACGUGCUGCACCUCCACCUGAGCGACCAGGAGUCGUUCCCGAUGGAGUCGCGCCGGUUCCCGGAGCUCUGGGCGUCGGCGUUCAGCGACUACGAGGUCUACACGGUGCGCGAGCUGCGGCGCUUCGUCGAGUACGCGCGCGUCCGCGGCGUGGCGGUGCUGCCGGAGUUCGACACGCCGGGCCACUCGAAGAGCAUGUGCCGGGGCGCGCCGGACGACGUCUGCAUGGAGACGUGCUCGACGGACAACUGGCCGCUGCGGCCGCUGAACCGGACGCUCGAGUACCUCGGUGACCUCUACGAGGAGCUCUACGGCGGCGACGACGCGCUCUUCCCGUUCGCGCUGGCGCACACGGGCGGCGACGAGGUCAAGUACGACUGCUGGGACGAGGACAACGCGUCGUCGACGUUCCUGGCGGACCGCAACCUCACGUCGAAGCAGGCCUACCUCCUGAUGCUCAACACGAACGCGCGCAUCAUGCGCGAGCGCGGCGGGCGGCGGCCCGUGGCCUGGGACGACGCCUACUACUACUACCGCGACGACGUCGACGCGUCGAUCACGCUCAUGUUCUGGUCCAACGUCGCGGACCUCAUGCAGGAGGCCGCGGACGCCGGCCACGAGCUCGUCGCCGCGCCGUCGACGCCGCUCUACCUGAGCGCGGACGACGACUGGGGCUGCGGCGACGUCUACAACUACGACCCGUGCGACCCGUCGAACCCCGUCGACAGCGACAACACGGUGAACACGACCGCGUCCUGCGCGCGCGUGCUGGGCAUCGAGGCCGCGGCGUGGGGCGAGGUCAUGGACGCGUCGACGCUCCUCGCGACGCUCUUCCCCCGGGCCGCGGCCGCGGCGGAGCGCGCCUGGAGCAGCCGGGACCUCAUUUCGUACACGAACUUCUCCCACGGCGCCAACGUGUCCACGGCCGCGCGCCUCGGCCACUUCCGCUGCCGCCUCCUCGCGCGCGGCGUGCCGUCGGGGCCCGUGAACACGGGCUGGAAGUACGCCUACGGCGGCACCGCGCCGGGCGCCGCGGGGAGCUGCAUGUACCAAUAA